AUGGGUUCUUUUCCAGAUGAAGUUUCUAUAAAAUUAAAUAAUGAGGCUAAAUCAAAAAUAUGUCCAGCAAGGAGAGUACCACAUGCUAUUAAAAAUAAAUUGAAGGAAACUUUAACAGAAUUAGUUAGUUUAAGCAUUAUUGAAGAAGUUAAUGAACCUUGUGAGUGGGUGAGUAAUAUGGUUAUUGUAGAAAAGAAAGAUAAAAGUCUACGAAUAUGUUUAGACGCCAACGUCCUGGAUGUCAAGAGUGGUUUCUAUCAUAUGAUAUUGGAUAAGGAAUCAAGCAAAAUGUUUAAUUUCAGUACAGCAUAUGGUAUAUAUAGGUUUAAAAGAUUGCCAUUUGGAGUGUCAUCGGCUCCUGAGUUAUUUCAAAAAUCAAUGUAUAAAUAUUUUGGUGAUAUUAAUGGGGUUGUAUUAUAUUUUGAUGAUGUACUUCAGUGUGCCCAGACUAAGGAGAAGCAUGACAAAAUAUUAGAAAAGGUUAUGGAACGAGCAGGGUCAUUAAACAUAAAAUGUAACAUGGAAAAAUUGCAGUUUUGUGUAAAGGAAGUUAAAUACAUAGGAUUUUUAUUCAAUGAGGAAGGUAUUAAGCCAGAUAAAGAGCGAAUCAAAUCAAUACUAGAUUUAAAAAAGCCUAAUGAUAAAAAAUAA